AAAGAUAUUGGAUAUUGGAUAGGUCGAGUAAUGGUCAUUUCUGGCCAAUCGAAUUGCAGCCUUGAGAGAUUAACGUGUGCUUUAACGUUUGUAAAGAUUUAAAGUCGGCAUUUUGUUGUCGUGGUUGAUAUUACAGAUCUUUUGAGGAGUGCUCACUUUUAUUUGCUUUUUAUUUGAAUAUGUUUCGCCUUGAGAUAAUCUGCAAAUUACUUCACUUUAUACGUUUGCCAAACGAUGACAUCGGAAUGUUUUCUAAACCAACACUAUUUACUCGAGUUUUUGCUUUGUCAAUAAGAAAUAUGAGUUCUACAAAUCAACAACCAAUGCAUAAAAUUCUUAUCAUAGGUGCUGGUGCAGGUGGUUGUUCAAUGGCUAAUCGUUUAUGUAAACAUUUUGAUAAAAAUGAAGUAGCUGUCAUUGAACCAUCUUCUACUCAUUAUUAUCAACCUUUAUGGACACUUGUUGGUGCUGGCAUAAAACCAUUAAAAGAAUCAGCUCAACCUUUAGAAAAAGUUUUAACAUCAAAAGCCAAAUUAUAUCAAGAUAAAAUUAUACACAUUGAACCAAAAGAAUCAUAUGUUACGCUAUCAAAUGGUGACAAAAUCUCAUAUGAAUAUUUAAUUUUGGCACUUGGAAUAACACUGCGUUAUGAUAAGAUUAUUGGCGCUGAAGAAGCAUUAAAACAUGAUCCACGUGUUUGUUCUAAUUAUUCAACAGAUUAUGUAGAAAAAACAUAUCAAGCAUAUCAAAAUUUUAAUGGUGGCAAUGCUGUAUUCACAUUACCAGCUGGACCGAUUAAAUGUGCUGGUGCACCACAAAAAGUGAUGUAUCUAUUUGAAGAUUAUUUAAAACGAGUAAGCGAAUGA